GAAACCCUGUGCGGCGGGCGGCCAUCUUGGAUACACAGACAGAUCAUACUUGAGCCAGGAUAACCUGCAGCCCUGCACUGAGCAGCCCAACAACGCACAGCUCAAACUAUUCUAUUCCUGUCGACAUGCCUCGUGACAAUAAGAAGAGCUGUUGGCUUCCCACGAGUCUCUCGAGAGAGGACUGACUUGUUGCAUGCACAUUACACAAGAGAGCCAAAAUGGCCACUGCACCGUACAACUACUCCUACAUUUUCAAGUACAUCAUUAUUGGGGACAUGGGAGUAGGGAAGUCGUGUUUGCUUCACCAGUUCACAGAAAAGAAAUUCAUGGCCGACUGCCCUCACACCAUCGGCGUGGAGUUCGGUACGAGAAUCAUCGAGGUGAGCGGUCAGAAGAUCAAGCUGCAGAUUUGGGACACGGCGGGACAGGAGCGCUUCAGGGCCGUGACCCGCUCCUAUUACCGCGGAGCCGCAGGAGCGCUCAUGGUCUACGACAUCACCAGGAGAAGCACGUACAACCACCUGAGCAGCUGGCUGACCGACGCCCGAAACCUCACCAACCCCAACACUGUGAUCAUCCUCAUAGGGAACAAAGCAGACCUGGAGGCUCAGAGGGACGUCACGUACGAGGAGGCCAAGCAGUUCGCUGAGGAGAACGGUCUGUUGUUCCUUGAAGCCAGUGCAAAAACAGGUGAAAACGUGGAGGACGCCUUCCUGGAAGCUGCCAAGAAGAUCUACCAGAACAUCCAGGACGGCAGCCUGGACCUGAACGCCGCCGAGUCGGGGGUCCAGCACAAGCCCUCGGCCCCUCAGGGCGGCCGGCUAACCAACGAACCACAGCCCCAGAGGGAAGGCUGCGGCUGCUAAUGACCAAGCAAAGCCUUCCCUCCCUCCUCCACCCCCACCCCCACAACAUCAACCUCACCUCCUGUGUCUUUCUCUGUCUGUCCUGCCUGCCUCACCCCCGUCUCACCCAUCCAUCCAUCCAUCCACCCACUUCACCUCUGUGCGAUCAUCCACCAUCACUGCACCAGGAGCUGCAUGGGAAUUGAACCGGGGGUUUGAUGAUGACUCGAGUCAGACUGAGCUGAGCUGUGUGGACGACAUCUCCUCUCCUCAUUCUCCUCUUCUCCUCCCAAUGUGUCACCCCCCUCCCUCCCCCCACUCCAGGCACCACUGCAUAUAACACAGGUUACUGACACUUUAGACGUUCGAUCACGAUGUACCGAUGAUACACGACUGUUUUUUUUUAUGUUUGGUUUUUAUAGCUGUUUAAGACGUGAAAGCACUGCGACAAAGUUGAUUUACGUCCAUGUCAGGUCUAGAACUGGUGCCUCCUCCUCCUCCUCCUCCUCUUCCUCCCUCUGAUAAUACUGUUCGAUCCUAAGGUCCACCAGUAGCUCCCAGAGAAGGUGAGGCUUCUGUGGCCGUUCCCCGGCCAGAUGUGGCAACAGCAACGAUGUUCUCGAUAGAAAAAGGAGAGAGAAGUGGUUUCUCCGUCUCUCUGUCUCUCGAGACGUCAGCAGGAGUAGCAGAUCUCCGUGUGUGUUUGAGAAGAGAACUUCUUCACACACACACACACUAGAUUUUUCACAUCUAUUACUUCGACACCACCUCCCCUCCUCCUCACCCGUCUCAGUCAUUUCAACAACAGUCUGUCUCUACCAGCACUGUCUUCGUCAUUGUUUGUUGCCUUAUUCUUAUGAUUCUCUCUAAUCUCUCCAACAGUUCUACUGCACUUUUUUUUCCUACAGGGUUCACAUCUCAACUAUUCUGAUGUUUAAAAAAAAAAUAUAUCAAAAAACAACUCCACGUAUUUCACAUGUGGCUGCACAGAAGAGAUAAUGUUCACCAAGCAGCAUGUCCCCAAAACUCCUCAGUAACGGAAACACAGUAUAGUCCUUUCUUUUUUUUUUUACUAUUAUUAUUAUUAUUCUCUGUAUCAUAGCACCUCCCUGAUUGGACAGCUGUAUAUAUUGCUUCUUAACUAUCGGUGAUGACCUCGCUACUUCGGGAUUUAAAACUUUAUUUGCCGGCUCUGCCAAGAUCUGUACAGUUGACGUGCUUUAGUGGGUUGCCUGUAAUUCAUGCUUGGGGGAAAAAGAAAAAAAUCUGUAACAUAGUUUCUAUUAAUAAAUGUAAUGUAAAAGGACAGAUGCCUGAAACAUCCAGCCCUGUCUGCACACUACUGACCCCGCCCCCUGGUGGAGAGAAGUGGAUUAAGACGUGUGAACUUUUUAAUUUAUGUCUGCAAACUUUUCUUCCUCUCAUUUCUGUGCGGAGUGAGGACGGGGCACUUUUUCUUUGUAUUUUUGUUUCCUCCUCCAUCUCCUAAUGAUGCUCCUCCUCCUCCUCUGUGUGGGAGGAGCCUGUGUCUGUCUUAACUUUUCGGGGAGCGGGGAUUGGUUUGUUACUGUGGGAUGUCGGUGUCCCGCCUCUUUGCAGUUCAAGUGACCACUUCCUGCUUUGUCUGUCCACAAGUACAAAAAAAAAAAAAAAAAGAAGUACAUAUGUAUAAAUUUUUAAGGAGCUGUGCUAACAUUUAAAUGCGUUCUUGCGUGUAUAUGAUUUUAAAAAUGUUGACAUUUUGAUUUUAAUGAUAACUCUAGACGGAAGAAAAUAAAUUAUACAUAACCUGUUGAGUCUGUACUGGUGUGUUUCUGGGAGAGGAGAAAAAAAACUAGAACUCAACGUUGGGUGUAUUUCAAGUAGCACAACUGCUUUGUAUUUUUAUUGCAACAAAAAUUGCACCAAGGCUAGAGGGAGGAACAAACAGUGAAAAUAAGAACAUUUACAAAAGACAAAAGUGUCCACAAAAUCCGUGAGGCUUAGUCCCAAAGUAGUGGUAUGGUUGGUCAGAAUCACCAAAAAAAAAAAA